AUGACGGUCAAGCUGAAGGACGAGACCUCCGACGAAGAUGACAUUCCGUUGGCAUCGGCUACAAAUGGAAGGAGGAAGAGAAAGAUAGAUUAUUCUGAGCAAGGAGAAGAUUCAAACAACGAAGUCAAAGAGGAAGAAGGGGAUUCUUAUGACAGCGACGAAAAGCUCUCAGAGGUCUCAAAGUCAGGACCAAAGACGAAGAGGGCAAGAAAAACAACACCAACGAAAAAAUCUGCAACCAAAAGAGUCGCCAAAAAAGCCAAAAAGGCUGUUAAAAGAGAGCCAUCAGUUGAACAGCAAAACGCAGAGCCUGAAGAGGAUUCUAAGGAACUUACAGAAGAUGCGGAUAGCUUCAAGUGGUGGGAAAAGGAAAACGAGGACGAUUCCAUUAAAUGGACAACUUUGAAGCACAAUGGCGUCAUCUUCCCGCCACCAUACGAGCCGCUUCCUUCACACAUCAAGUUAUAUUACGACGGGAAACCAGUGGAUCUUCCUCCACAAGCAGAGGAGGUUGCGGGUUUUUUUGCAGCUCUGCUAGAGUCCGAUCAUGCUCAGAAUCCUGUUUUUCAAAAGAACUUCUUCAACGAUUUUUUAGAUGUCCUGCGAGAGAAUGGUGGACCGAAAAAUGGUGCCGAGAUAGAAAAGUUCGAAUUGUGUGACUUUUCCAAAAUGUUUGACUAUUUCCAGCUCCAAAAAGAGCAAAAAAAGCAGCUCAGCUCACAGGAGAAGAAGAAGCUCAAGAUAGAGAAAGAGCAAUUUGAAGAGCCCUUCAAAUUUUGUUUCCUCGAUGGCCGAAAAGAACAAGUAGGAAAUUUCAGAAUUGAGCCCCCGGGGCUUUUUCGGGGCCGUGGAGCCCAUCCAAAAACUGGUAAGCUCAAAAGGCGGGUAUAUCCUGAGGACGUUGUUCUCAACUUAGACAAAGAGGCCGAAAUUCCGAAGGCGCCUGAAGGCCACAAGUGGGGCGAAAUUAGACAUGAUAGCACAGUUCAGUGGCUUGCUAUGUGGAGGGAGAAUAUAUCCAAUUCUUUCAAAUAUGUGAGGUUUGCUGCUAACUCCUCGCUCAAAGGCAUGAGCGACUUCAAAAAGUUCGAAAAAGCCAGGCAACUGCGCGGUUUUAUUGACGCUAUCAGAGCUGAUUAUACAAAGAAUUUAAAGAGCAAAGUGAUGUUGGAAAGGCAGAUUGCAGUGGCUUGUUAUUUUAUUGACGUCUUUGCUUUGAGAGCAGGAGGAGAAAAAGCGGACGACGAAGCAGAUACCGUAGGCUGUUGUUCGUUAAGGUACGAGCAUGUUACUUUGAAGCCUCCCAACACCGUUAUAUUUGAUUUCCUAGGUAAAGACUCAAUUAGAUUUUACCAGGAAGUUGAGGUUACAAAACAAGUUUUCAAAAACCUUACAAUAUUCAAAAAACCACCCAAAAAGCCAGGCCAUCAGCUCUUUGAUCGCCUAGACCCUUCUAUUUUGAACAAGCACUUGCAAAACUACAUGCCUGGAUUAACAGCCAAGGUAUUCCGUACUUACAACGCAUCUAAAACCAUGCAAGAUCAAUUAGACUUGAUUCCUAACGAGGGAACAGUAGCAGAGAAGAUGCUCAAAUACAACGCUGCCAACAGAACGGUUGCUAUUCUAUGUAACCAUCAGCGGACCGUUACGAAGGGCCAUGCGGCCUCUGUUCAAAAGGCAACCGAACGCAUCGAAGAGUUGGAGUGGCAGAAAAUAAGGCUGAAGAGAGCUAUUUUGCAAUUGGAUGAAAAGCAGGCGAAGAAAGACCCUAAAUUCUUCGCUGAAGUUACAGAUUUGGUAAAAGAACAGGAGGCUGCUAUUCACAAACGACUAAUUGAGAAGGAGCGCGAGAAAUAUGUUAAAAAGUUUUCAAGAGAAAAUGAAAAGCGCAAGUUCGAGAAGCAAGAGGAGCUUCCAGAAUCGCAGCUGAAAGAAUGGAUGGCCCGCGUUGACGAACUUGAGAAGCAAUACAAUGAAGAGUUAGAAUCUGGAAAGGUUCAGCUUAAAACUAACUCUGAAAGCGCCGAGAAAUUGAAGAUGCAGAUUGAGAAGCUUGACCAAAGGAUUGAAACUGCCACUAUCCAACUCAAGGACAAGGAAGAUAACUCUCAGGUUGCUCUGGGCACCUCCAAGAUCAACUACAUCGACCCCAGGCUCUCUGUCGUCUUUUGCAAAAAGUAUGGUGUUCCCAUUGAAAAAGUCUUUACCAAGUCUUUGCGUGACAAGUUCAAAUGGGCAAUAGAAUCCGCAGACGAGAAUUGGCGCUUUUGA